AUGUGCGGGAGAGUCGAGUUCCCCACAGACAGUCUCUCUCCUCAUGCUACUACCGGUCGUAGUGGGGAUGUUUUAUCUUCGGUUUCUGCCAGGCAGGCCAUCGGUCCACUUCCUCGGUCGAAUUCCCGUGAUAGGAGGAUGGUGAGUCCCGAAAUCAUCCUAAUAUCCGACGAUGAAGGGGAAGAGGAUCCCAUUGCUGCAAUUAUGUCUGACCAAGAAUCUGUCCUCCCGAUCUCCGAAUCCGUGCAGGGCAUCCUCCAAAAAUUAGAGAAGGUGCUUAACCUCACUGAAGAUGACCUUGUUGAUAAGGUCGUAGCUGGUGUUUCUAUGGUUGCUUCGCUAUCAUUGGCUCUCUAUUACCCAAUUCUUGCAGCUGCGCGUGAGGUGUUCAUCAAUACCUUCAAGAAUCUUUUGACUGGUGUUGUUGACACUGAAUACAUCUACAUAUAA